AUGGAGAACCUUGGCAAAGUCCUUCGGAAAGAGAAGAAGCCAGCUGCAGCUGCGGAGCCGACCCCCUCAACCUCAGUUGCUGAGCCAGCGGAGCCGACCCCUCAACCUCGGCUGCUGAGCCAGCUGCAGCUGAGGAGCAGACCCCCUCAACCUCAGAUGGUGAGCCAGCUGCAGCUGCGGAGCAGACCCCCUCAACCUCAGAUGGUGAGCCAGCUGCAGCUGCGGAGCAGACCCCCUCAACCUCAGAUGGUGAGCCAGCUGCAGCUGCGGAGCAGACCCCCUCAACCUCAGAUGGUGAGCCAGCUGCAGCUGCGGAGCAGACCCCCUCAACCUCAGAUGGUGAGCCAGCUUCAGCUGGGGAGCAGACCCCCUCAACCUCAGAUGGUGAGCCAGCUGCAGCUGCGGAGCAGACCCCCUCAACCUCAGAUGGUGAGCCAGCUGCAGCUGCGGAGCAGACCCCUUCAACCUCAGAUAGUGAGCCAGCUGCAGCUGCGGAGCAGACCCCCUCAACCUCAGCUGCUGAGCCAGCGGAGCCGACCCCCUCAACCUCAGCUGCUGAGCCAGCUGCAGAGAGAUGGUCAAAGGAGGCAAGGACGACUACACAAAAGAUGGGAGGAUGAACUGCCGAAAGGAUGGCGAGAGAAGGCUAGGGAUCGAGUGGAGUGGAAAAGUCUGGAGGAGGCCUAUGUCGAAGGACAACCAGACUGCUCUGGUGUAUAA